AACUGCAUUGUAAUUACUACAAUAAUUACAUCUCUAUGUUCUGUGUACUGUGGGAGACCAGAUAUAGUGAAUGCACGGUCCGGGGAGACCAGAUAUAGUGAAUGCAGGCUCCGGUGGAGACCAGAUAUAGUGAAUGCAGGGUCCGGGGAGAGCGGAUAUAGUGAAUGCAGGGUCCGGGGAGACCAGAUAUAGUGAAUGGGUCAGGACCGGAAUGCAGGGUCCGGGGAGACCAGAUAUAGUGAAUGCAGGGUCCGGGGAGAGCGGAUAUAGUGAAUGCAGGGUCCGGGGAGACCGGAUAUAGUGAAUGCAGGGGUCCGGGGAGACCAGAUAUAGUGAAUGCAGGGUCCGGGGAGACCAGAUAUAGUGAAUGCAGGGUCCGGGGAGACCAGAUAUAGUGAAU